GCUCCAAGAUCAAAGAGAGACAACAUGCUGAUCGUUUAUUUAUUCGUGUUGUGCUUUGUAGCAGUUGUACAGGGUGUCACUGUGGAAGAAUGUGAGGACAAGCUGCCAGCAUCAUUGAAGAGCAGACUAUGUGAGAUACGUCAGUAUAAAAUAAUUGAAGGACCGGAUAUGGAUAAACAUAUCGAUUGCGUUAUGAAGGCGGUCGGAUUUGUAUACAGCGAUGGUCGGGGCGAUUAUCAUAAACUUUACGAUCCAUUGAAUGUGAUCGAGAAGGACCGAAGGCAUGAUGUUAAUCUGGAAACCUGCAUCGGUCAAUCGGUGCGUGUUCCAACAAGCCAACGGGCACACGUGUUCUACAAGUGUUUGCUGAACACAACUACCGGACGAACGUUUAAGAAGGUGUUUGAUCUCACGGAACUGAUCAAGGCUGGGAAAGUGCCAAAAUAUGCCAAAUACACCGCCGAGGUCGCUCAAAUGAUGAAGGAAAUUGAUGCGAAAGUGUGCUAAAAUGAAUUGCGCUGUGAAUGGUUUAUAUUGGCAUUGGAUUAAGGAGAAAUAAAGCAUGUAAACGGAACUCGCGCCAGAAAUCGAGAGAGUUUGGCAGCCUC